AGCAGACGCACCACCUGAAGAAGUUCUGGUCCGUGUCCUCUGUCUGCCACCGACGGUGAUACCACUACCGAGGAUGAGCAAUCCAGACCGAAACAUACCCCAGCCACUUGCCUUGACUGCGAACACUGAGCGGUGAGCGCUAACAAGGCACGAGAUGACUCAACGAUUAGACCCAUACCGGUGUUUUCCAUCCACCAGCUCCAGCCAAUGCUGUGUCUCCAAAAACUUGGAGGACACCGCGUCGCGCUUAUCGACCCCGUUCUCAGUCAACAUAUUGUUCCCGUCCUGGAGCUCAGUUGCAAACUGGAUGGCCCGCCACCACCGUGCGCGCGGGGAGUUGUGGUCGCCGCCGGCAUGGGCGGCUGCGCGGGCUGCAGUGAGGGUCGCGUGCGUUUGGACAUCCUUGACGCGUACAGAGGUUGUGAGCCUGAACAACAGCUUGCACGCCCGAGUGUGAGAGACUUGCCUGGAUUCGUUGAGCUGCAGUAUCGUGGUUCAGGGUCGAAGACAUGGUCUGACGUCAUUGGGGACGAUAUGCAAUAUCAUGACUGACUAUACAUGGCUAG